UCUGGAGAGAAGUGCUUUGCGCAAACGUUAAAAUCGAACAAAUAGUCGUCUGCAGUGGCGGACGUUGUACAGACGUCAUAAUAAAAAAACUUUAGAUGAUGUUUUGGAAUCAUAAAAGUAUAAAGAGUGAUCUAGUUAAUUGUUGAUUUUUUUCAUUAUUUAAAAUUAAAAAACUUCCAAUAUUUUAUAAAGAAUUAAUUCUUUUCAAAUUGUGAGUUAGCAAGUUUUUUAUUUAAUUUUCUCAAAAAUCUACCCAUGAUUGAUCAAUCACGGGUAAGGAUCUCUAUGGGAGACGUGCGACGGCGAGAUAGGCCGCCCUUUUAAAUUCCGGUGAGGAAUGACGCUUGAGGACCCAUUUUUUGUCGUUAAAGACGAGGUGUGUAAAGCUUUAAAUAAGACACGUAAUUUGUAUGGUCGUUGGACUGACUCCCAAUCGAAUGUCACGGCCGCAACACCAAAUGGAGUAGGACCAGGACUUCCGGUCUCAAAGGAAGAAUUAGAGUGGACCACAACAGAGCUUAGGAACGCUUUACGAUCUAUCGAAUGGGAUCUCGAAGAUUUAGAAGACACAAUUUGUAUUGUAGAGAAGAAUCCAACAAAGUUUAAAAUUGAUAACAAAGAACUUAGUUUUCGAAAAGCUUUCAUCGAUCACACGCGGGAGGAGGUCAAGGUCAUGAAAGAUAAAAUGAAUCUUAGUCGAGGAAGGGAUCGUGAUAGAACAGCUAGGCAGCCAUUGCUAGAUAAUAGUCCAACUCGGGCUCUAAUAAAUCAUGGAACGACAAAAUAUAUUAAAUUAGAAAAUGAAGUGGAUAGUCCAAGUCGACAAUUUUUGGAAGAUACACUUCAACAGCAAAAUCAGAUGAUAAGGCAACAAGAUGAUCAACUGGAUAUGAUUGGAGAAAGCAUUGGAACACUAAAGACUGUUUCCAGGCAAAUUAAUUCCGAAUUAGACGAGCAAGCUGUAAUGCUAGAUGAUUUUGGUAAUGAGAUGGAAGUGACAGAUUCAAAGUUGGAUGCAACGAUGAAAAAAAUGGCCAAAGUUCUUCAUAUGAGCAAUGGUAACUAUAGCAAUUACAUUCCUGCUCCUACAACUUCAGUACCUAAUGUUUCAGUUUAUCCCACAAAAACUUCUUCCUUAUCUACUUUUUCCACUACAAUAACUAAUUGUUUUCUAUGUUCUGCUGAGUAAACAAACACAAUUUAUUUUUCUAAACUGCAUUUAAGUGAACUUUAAUAUUAAAAUAACAAAGUAAAAUUACACCAAAGUACAGAAAACCAGAAUUAAAUAAAAAUAAUUCUAGUCAGUUUCAAUCACCUCAAUAUUGCCAAAUCUUCAAAAAUAUUAGUUGCCAAAUUUUACAAUUAUAUAUUUACGAACUAUUUUGAUCGUAUGGAAGCAUUAAAAUGCAAAAAAAAAAAAAAUGAUCAAGUGGAUAUUUAAAAUAAUAUAUUUCUUAAUUACAUUAGAAAAUUAUUCAUCUUCAUUUCAAUUAAAGGAUCGAUUUUUAUUAAUACCUUUGACAUAUUUCCUGCAUAAAAACAGAUAACAGAUACUGAUUUAAAUUUAUAGAAAUAUUUCACGGAAUUUUGUAAAAUACUUUGCGGUAAUAAUUAUAAAGUAAAAUAAAAACAACUAGUCGAAGUAAGUAGGAAGGUAUAUAUUAACAGAUAACAAUAUUGUUGUUAACGGUUGUCACUGAUUGUUAAGAGAUGAUUGUUUCCAAAACAAGCUAAAUACAGUAGUAAUGUCCUCCAUCAGUAAAGAAUUAGAAAAAUUUUAAAAAUUCUAUAGUUGGGAUUGAGUGUUGAAAGUUUUAUGAAGAGUGAAUCGUAUCAAAAUUAAAUGUCAAUUGUGUGAUCUUAUGUAUAAUUAAUGAGUGCAAAUAUCUGUUAAAAGUUAUGAAGAAAAGGAUCGUAUACGUUUGAAUAAUUGUUAAAAAGAACUCAAAAUUAACAAUUACUUUAUUUAAAUAAUGAUUAAAUUGGUGAAUUUAUUAUAAUUUAUAGUGAUUUUUAAGAAAGGAUUUAAAGAUAAUGAAAAAAAUAUUUAGGUUUUAAAUUUAAAAAAUAUGGAAAUAAUAUAUUAUAGUAAUCGAGGCCAAUUAUAUGGUCAAUUAUGUACCUCACAUAUAUGACGAGAAUUAAUUUUAGAGUUAGAUGUUACAUCUGUGUUUAGUAUCACCUUACAAACAAAAAUAUACAUAACAGACUGGUUAAAUCAUUUACUUGUUAUAAUAAAUUGUAGAUAAAUAAAAAAAAUUAUAAUAAAACUCUUAAAAAUAAAA